AUGAUCGCUAGGCAAGAAGAAACGAAUGAUGAUGGUGGUCAUCGAGGUGCCUCCACCAUGGCGAGUGUUCUCGUCGGAAGCAGUAAUGGUACUUCUGCAGCUCCUUCCUCCCCUUCUUCUUCUUCUUUGUAUAUGAUAAGGAUCAAUAGGAAUAAUAAUAGUACAACGACAGAAGGCAGUUAUAAUGCUUGUAUUAAUAAUGAUGACGCCCGAGAAGAGUCGGAACAUGGUAGGAUCAUGAAGGAGCGAGGGAAUCAUGAUGAUCAUGAGAAGGUUGAUGGCGAUCAUGAUCGUAUGGAUUUACGGGAUGAUGAUGAUCCAUUACAAGAAAAGAACGGAACAACUAAUUUGUAUUCCUCUACAUCACCAAAUCGCUCAUCAUCUUCACCAUUGAAAAGCAAUCACUCCGAUAGGUUUAAUGGUAAUGAUGAACAAGAGAUCAACGAUAGAAUGAGUGACGAAGAAGAAGAAAUGCAGCAACAUAUUUAUUACAAUAAUAAUAACGGAGGCUUUAAUCAAAACAAGAAGAGGAAAAAUUGUGCAAUGGAUGAUCAUGCGCAACAAUUAACUCUUGAAGAAUUUUGUACAUUGUUUGUAGAUUCCGACUCGGCUGUAAAUAACACUUCAAAUAACAGUGGCAUGAAUAACACCAACAUUGGAAACACUCCAUCCUCACCAUCUUACAAUAACAUUGAAGGUGCUACGUUUGUGGAAAAGAUGCGAAAACAGCAAGAAUUUAUUAAGGACAUUGAAAAUACGUUAUAUGAAUUUCCAUUUGUAGAAUCAGAGAACUCAUCAUCAUCAGAAGACGAUGAUGAUCAAUCAAGUGAUGAUUCUUUCCUGCAAUCUGAAGAGUCCUCUUAUGGAUCAGAUGAUGUAAGCGAUCAAGAGGAAAAUAUCAUGAAUAACGAUGAAGAACCUGGUUAUCAUUAUCGACCCGUUCCAAAUAGCUCAAAGUUGAACAUCAUCACUCUGUCCAGUUUAAAAUUUUUACCCUUCGAACAUCCUGAUCGGUUGGAAAUUGAAAACAUUUUGUACUUUCAUCGAUUGUGCAAGUCCAUAUGGUUUCCACAACACGAACACAACAUCACCAAUGGCAUCAACGAUAACGUAGCAAGCAGCAGUAGUGACACUACUCCAGUACACACGAAUUUUGUAGAUAUUGAAGAAAUUUUAGAAUACUAUUACGGUCUUGACAUGAAUGGAGAUAGAAAGAAGAAAAUCAAAAAUACCAAAUAUCAUUACCAAAUACCAUCCUUUGUGAUUUUUCAAAUUAUUUUUGCAAUUACAGAAAAACUACUCGUGCUUGAACAGGAAGGCAAGUUACAGAAAAUUCCAGAGAAAAACCAAGACGAACAUCUUUUUAAUUUAUACAGACGCAGAAAUGAAAUUGGAAAUGUCAUUGAAACACUCUUUUUGAAUAACGUGAUGAUAUCUCCCAGAUUUAUGGAACCUGAUCGAUCUAACUAUAUUGAUACUGCUGAUUUCUUACGAGACGAUAUUGGAUUAAGCCAAUUCAUUGAUGUGAAAAUUAAGGAUUCCUUUGAAGAGACACUUCACAACUUACACAUGUGCCAGAGCGACGUUAUUUUUUGCAUGGGAAUAUUUGUAAUGGAACUUAUAUUGAUGAGAAGAGGUGCCUCGAUCCUCAACCGAAUUAUCUCCACUCCAUAUAACGAACCUGUGGUAUGCGAAAUCAUUCUCCAACACAACAGGCACAACAUCUAUUUAAUUAGAUUUCUUCUUUCCAUGCUAAGAAUCAAUACUGUUUUCAGAGAUGAACCACAACUGUCACACAACGAUCAAGAUACAUUUUCUUCUCCUGAACAAGACAAGUAUAUGGUUCCACGUGUCACCUUGGAAAAUCUCAUCGGAAUUGAAGUUGUACAUAUAAUCUCUUGCAUUGCUGAGGAUAGAAAAAUCUUUGAACACUAUACACUCAAAUAUUUAUUGAAGCUCUUUCAAAAUCCAUCCUAUGCAUCUCUAUUUAAUCAUGGAGCAAAAAGCAAAUACAUCAAAAGAACGAGAGAGACCUCAGAACAGGAUUUAUUAUGCGCCUUUUUCAGUGGAAUUGCUUUGUAUGGAGUGAAAAAACUUGACGACUGUGUCAAGUAUUUGCUUGCUUCUGUGUUGCAUCCACCUAUCGAAGAAGAUCAAACUGCCUUAUCAAUUCUUCAACCUAUUAAGGAUGCUCAGAAAGAACAAGAUUUUCAAUUGAAAAAUCAUGUCGACAAAUAUAUGGAUAUUUCUCGCCGCGUGUCGGAACAUGCUGUCGAAAUUGAACAACAGCUGUACGAUCGAUUGGCGUUUGUCCCAUCCGAUGUUGUGAUCGACAACGUGUCACAAUAUCAACUUCCCUAUUUUACACACGUUGCUUACUCCUUCCUUGGUAAAGCUUUGGCUGAGGUUAAAAACCUUGACACUGCUCUCUACUAUACUGAAAUUUCAAUGAUCAGCUCACAUGUUCAGGAACGACUCAUGCGAAAUCACUCUAUUUUCAACACCACGGCUGUAUUCACAAAAGCGUACAUUGUUGACAAGUUAGAAAUGUACGAAGAAUCAAGUGCACUCUACCGUAAAGUGAUUGAAAAUUAUCGAGGAUAUUCCAUGUCACACAACAACAAUGGAAUUUGUUUAAAGAGAAUGUCAAUGCAUAAGGAAGCUCAGCAAGAGUAUGAAGAAAGUUUGCGUAUAGAUCCUUCCAAUCAUCUUACCUACAAUAAUAGAGCUCUUUAUUACAAUGACAACGAACAUGAGAAUGCCAUUCUCUAUUACAAGUUUGCCAUACGUUUAAAGCCAACGUAUCAUUUACCAAUUGCCAAUUUGGGAUACACCUACUCACAAAUGAACAAGUACGAUGAAGCCAUUGAUUUAUUCACAAAAGCGCUCUUCCUGGGACCUAACAAUAUCACAGCUCUUGCCAACAGAGGGUAUUGCUACAUGAGAAAAAGCCAAUACGAUGAAGCAUCAAAAGAUUAUCUCAAAUUAGUGUUGGAGCUUAAAAGCGAGGAACGAAAUAUUUUAUAUAACCUCUCUCUGUGCAUGUAUCAAAAGAAAUUAUACAGAGAUGCUAUUUAUUAUGCAACCAAAAUACUUGCUAAAAAUCCAAACGACGAAUGGGUGCUUUAUAAUCGAUCUCUAUUCUUCGAAAAGGCACAAUUAUUUGUGGAUGCGCUGGAGGACAUUGAAAAGUUUUUAACGAUCAUGCCAAAUAAUGCAGCAGGCUUGGUUUUACGGCAACGAUUGCGAGUUGUUGUGAAUAGAAUAACACGAGUGUGUUAA